AUGUCACCUAAACCACCCACAAUAACAAUAAUCGGCGGCGGAAUAGGCGGCCUAACCCUAGCAGCCGGCCUCUACCUCCGCAAAAUCCCAAUCCAACUUCCCGGUUACGAAGACUAUCUCCAAACCUGGUUCGAGAUCGUCUGGGCAACAGGUGGACAAGAAGGCGACACAUUGAUGAAUCUAAAAGCCCUGCCGUCUGGACAGACAGCUCUCCGAAGAGCGGAUUUCCUAAACGCGCUUGUUGAGCUUGUUCCGGCUGAAUUCGUGCAUUUCGGGAAAAGGUUAAAGACACUCGUUGAGAGAGACGACGGGGUUGUGCUAGAGUUUGAGGAUGGGGAGGUUGUGGAUGCUGAUGUUGUUGUUGGCUGCGAUGGCAUUCGGUCGAAGGUGAAGGAGUGUAUGAUUCCUGUUGGAUCGUUGCGGAUGAGGCCGGUUUACAGUGGGAUGUAUGGGUAUCGGGCUGUGUUGGAGAUGGGGGAGAUGGUUGCGGCUGUUGGGGAGAUGAGGGCGAGGGUGGCAACUAUUUAUGUUGGACAGGGUGCUUAUGCCAUCUCGUAUCCGAUUAUGAGGGCGAAGUUGGUUAAUGUUGGGAUUUAUGUUUUGAGUGAUCGGGAGUGGGAAUAUGAUUCUUGGGUUAGACCGGCGAGGAGGGAGGAUAUAGAGCGGGAUACCAAGGAUAUGGGGCGGUAUGUGAGGUCUUUUGUUGAGCAUAUGCCCGACCCAUCUCAGUGGGCUAUCUUCGAGCAUCCGCAUAUCUCAACCUAUGCGCAAUCUAGAAUAGCGAUUAUGGGCGACGCCGCGCAUGCUUCUACGCCGCAUCAAGGUGCUGGGGCUGGUCAGGCUAUUGAAGAUGCGCAUGUUCUUGCGGAACUACUGAGUGAUUCCCGUGUUGGCUCUGUCAACGAUGUUGUUGCGGCUUUUAAGGCAUAUGAUGAUAUUCGUCGGCCUAGGAGCCAGAGGGUUGUCACUAGCAGCAAGGAAAAUGCUGAUAUCUUUUGUCUGUGUUUUGAUGGGGUUCUUGAUGAUCCGGUGAAGCUGAAGGAAACGCUUGAUCAACGUUUGAAGUGGCUUUGGGAUUUGGAUGUACAGGAUCAGGUCGAGCGUGCGAGGGAGAAAAUGGUGAAGUAUUUGGAGAAAGCAGGGACAGUCAAGGAUUGA